AUUCCUGAGUGAAAAUAGACUUUACCGUUAAAAUCAUCUGUUUAACUGACAAAGUUGUGAGAUUUUUUCGUGCCUGUCAACCAAAUAAAAUUGAAACUGUUGAAGUUUUGCUAAAACUAUGGAUUUAUUAGAAAAUGGUGAAAUCACAAUAGUGAACCGUUCAAAGGAACAUCGUAUUAGCAAGGAAUUAAUUCGUGAGAUACCUUAUUUUGAAAAGAUGUUGAGCCAUGACUUGAGGGAAUCAAAGGAAAACAAAGUGAAACUGGAUUUUGACGAACAAGCCUUGCAAGCGAUUCUUAAUUGUUUGGAAUUCGGUUCCAUGCUCAUUGAGAUGAAAACCGUAAUACAUUUGUGCAACAUGAUCGAUUAUUUCGGGAUGGACAAUCAUUUGAUGGAUGAUUGUGUUGCCUAUUUUCAUGACAAUUUUACAAUUGAACACCUUCCUGUUGUUAUACCUCAAGUUACUUCAACAUCUAGAUGUAUCAACUCAGAGGUUCUCAAUGGUUUCAUCUGUCGCCAUUUCUUGAUGAUCGCAAACACGAGUGCUUGGUCACAUUAUCCUAUUGAAUUAGUUGAAUACAUACUCAAACACAACCUGAUGAUUCACUCCGAAAAACAAGUUUUCAAUGCUAUCUUUAGAUGGAUCGAUGGUGAUUACGGGUCUAGAAUGCGUUAUCUCAGAAAAUUGUUCAAUUUAGUUCGAUGGUAUCAUUUGGAAGAUCUAGAUCUAUCAGAAAUAAAGAAAAACAAAUUUUUUAACCGAGCAGGUUUGGGACCAGUAUUUUGGCUGCAUUGGAAACGUAAUUGUCAUCGUGGUUUCAACCGAACUAAACAAAAUUAUUUCAUCAUGAUCGAGCAUUUGAGUGGUUCAAAUUUACACGUGAAAGUAAUUGAUAGCAAUUUCAUUCAGUUGUUUGUUCGAAAAGUCGAAUUAGAUGAAUCAAUGCCAUUGCAUGUUAUUCAUAAUGAACAUGUUUCUGAUAUCAUUUUUGAUUCUGGAAGGAAAGGAAUCCGAAUCGAUUGGAGUCUCAGUAAAUACCGUUGGCUUGAUCUUUCAACUUCUAAAUGCCAUCAUCUUGAAAUCGUAAAAUGCAUUUAUGGAAGAAGCGGAGAAAAGAAAUUUUCGUCUGAUAAUUUUCACAAAGAUAUAAAUUUAUGCGUUAUUGGAAGUGCACUUCUUGAAACUACUGAAAAGUUCAUUUUGAUUCAUGAUGGUUAUUUUUCAAGAUCACUGAGUGAAGGUUUUGAAGAAUACAUCCGUAAAGGUCCUCACGAUUUUCACGUUACUGUUUUGGAUGAUCAUAUUUACGUGUUACAUAGAUGCCUUGAUUUAUAUCGUUAUAACUCUAAUUACCGCUUCAUCGAAAGAACCCGCGUCCAAAAUACUGAUGCAGAAUUCGCGGAUUUACUUCUAACAUCCAGUCAAGCGAAUGAUGAUCGAGUUUUUUUGGUUGAUAAAACCACAAAAGAUGUUUACUGUUACAACAUAAAAAGUAAAGAAUGGAGUUCAAUCGAUCUUAAGAUUGAUAAUGAUUCUACUGAUUGCCGAACGGGCUCAAAUGAACUUUUAGCUUUCACUUCAGCUUUUCUUUCGAUAGCCGCUAUCGGACCUUACAUGAACCCUGAACUUUCAUAAACAAAAUUAUUAUCAUUUCGUAUGAUAUUAUUUCAGACUCAAAACACUGAUGGAUUUAAUAAUUGAGCUUUCAUUACAAAUCACACCUUCACCUUUUGGUAAUAAUAAACUUAUGAAGAUUUGUAAUCA